GCCGGAAGUAGUUCAGCGAGCAGGCGGAACUGGUUGUUAAGGUUCAUGUUUUUGCGCCUAGUCUGAGAAAGAUCUUAGUUACUGAAUGCUGUUGGACAUUUAAACACAGUCUCGGUCACAGUCUUACCUGUGCUGAUAUUUGUCUGCUGUUUGCUUCAUAACUGGACAACAUGGAGCAGAACAACAGCUUGCCUUCCUUCCCACAAAGCAUUGCAUCGCCUCAGGGGGCCAUGACACCUGGUCCGCCCAUCUUUAGCCCUAUGAUGCCAUAUGGUACAGGGCUUACACCACAACCAGUACAGAACACCAACAGCCUAUCAAUCUUAGAGGAGCAACAGAGGCAACAACAACAACAACAGCAGCAGGCAGCUUCCCAACAACAGGUUGGGAUAGUGGGAACAUCAGCCCAAACUCCUCAGCUGUAUCACUCACACGUGGUUUCUACCACCACAGCACUGCCAGGAAACACCCCACUUUACACAACCCCUCUAACCCCCAUGACCCCCAUCACUCCUGCCACACCUGCAUCAGAAAGCUCUGGCAUCGUCCCUCAACUUCAAAAUAUUGUAUCAACUGUGAACUUGGGAUGCAAACUUGACCUGAAGACAAUAGCACUGCGAGCUAGGAAUGCUGAGUACAAUCCUAAGCGUUUUGCUGCAGUCAUCAUGAGAAUACGAGAACCAAGAACAACUGCUCUGAUUUUCAGUUCAGGCAAAAUGGUCUGCACAGGAGCAAAGAGUGAGGAGCAGUCUCGUCUGGCCGCCAGAAAAUACGCAAGAGUAGUGCAGAAACUCGGUUUCCCUGCCAAAUUUCUAGACUUUAAGAUUCAGAACAUGGUUGGAAGUUGUGAUGUCAAGUUCCCAAUCCGACUGGAGGGCCUUGUUCUCACCCAUCAGCAGUUCAGCAGUUAUGAGCCAGAGUUAUUCCCUGGUUUAAUCUAUAGAAUGAUUAAGCCCAGAAUUGUGCUUUUAAUAUUUGUUUCAGGCAAAGUUGUACUCACAGGUGCAAAGGUGAGGGGUGAAAUCUAUGAAGCGUUUGAAAAUAUAUAUCCAAUCUUAAAAGGAUUCAGGAAAACCACAUAAUCCUUUUGACCUGCACCUUUUUUAUUGUACAUGCUUGAGAGAACGGAGUUUACUAGGACAUUUGUUCUCUUAGUUUUGUUUGUGUAAAUACUGUUUUAUUCAUGCAUAGUGAAUUAUUAUUUUUUUUAAUUCGGCUGAUUUGUGACUGCCAUAGACAGUUUCACCAGUCUUUUAAUGGUUUUACUAUCUGUGUUUUUAUUUUGUAUUUUUUUUUGUUUAAUUGUUCUUUUAAUCAUUAUUCACAUUCCUCCUUUGAGCAAGCAGGUUCUUUCAGUUUCCGACAAAGAUACAAGACAGUGUUGGGAAUAUUUAUCAGGAUUUAUGGAACUCUUAGUGUUAAUAAUGUCUGGAUCAGUUAAAGUUCAUUUGUCCCCCAUGGAAGUGCUGUGGUAAGAUGCACAGAUUAGUUGUAAAUGAAUCGAAGUGUCUGAUUUGCCAGGCUUAUUUUGAUAAAGCUAUGCAGUAUGUUAAGGACUGCUUGUGUAAUUUCAUUUUAAUUUACUGAAAUGUUGCAAGUCUUCCACCUAACCCUUAUAAUGAAUAUAAUUCACAACAUGUUAAUGUUGGCUUUCCAAACACACUGUGUCUAUUGAUAACCAAUAGUUUUGCUUUAUUGUUUGCUAAGUGCGUGUCACUUCUGCACAAGUCACUGUAGCCCCUAAUCUGUGAAUGAAGGGUAUGGAAUGGCUGGACUAUGGUUUAUAUAAUCAUUAUAUGGGUUGUAUUCAGCUCUUUUUAAGCACUGUUAAUGUAAGUGUGUUUUUUUUUUUUUGCAUCAGACUUUGAACCAAGCAAAUAAAUAUUUCUUGUGCAUUUAAUGUUCAUUUUGUAUA